AUGGAGGGCGAAAUAAACAACUUCUUUAAGGUAUGGAUUUUAGUCUUGGCAUCUCUGUCUUAUUGCUAUGUCGUUGGAAAAACAGUCUCAAAAGGUACUAAAAGACUCAUUUUUGUGAUUCCGAUUGUGUGCCUUUUUUUAAUGCUUCCACUUAAACUCACUUCCGUAAAUCUUGGAGUUACUACUUCGUUUUUUAUUACAUGGCUUGCCAACUUCAAGCUUUUACUCUUUGCUUAUGGCAAAGGGCCUCUAGCUCUAGACCCAUCAUUGUCGUUUGGGCGUUUUCUUGUCAUUUCUUGUCUUCCCAUUGAUAUCCGAGAAAACCCAUCUCACAAAAGUCCUAAACAAAAACGACAGAAGAAAUGGCAUCUCAGAUUUACCAUAAAGCUUUUGGUUCUCGCCAUUCUAAUUUCUGUCUUUAACUGUAAGGAACAUUUACACCCAAAAGUACUAUUGGUCCUCUAUUGGCCUCUCGUCUACAUCUUGGUUGAGACCAUCUUAGCCGUGGUCGCAGCCAUGGCUGGAGCACACAUUUACACCAACUGCAUAAGAUAUGUCAGGUCUAGUUAA